GACGGAGGCGCCGCAACGCCGGGAAGGGCAUCCGGGCAAUGCGCCUGCGCGCCUUGGAAGAUUCCAGAAACCUGGCGGCGGUUGGGAGCUGGGCCGCUGGUUCGAUCGACGCCGGCGCCGGGCCUGGGUCCGAGGAGCGGCUGCCGGCCGGGAAUGAUGUCGAUGCGCUGUCCCGAAGCGCGGACGGGCCGCCGUCACACCGGCAAUAACGUCAGCUGGUGCCAGAGCAAAUGAUAACAGAGGAUGGCUCCCAACAUUAGAAGUCAGGCUAACAGGUUGGUAGUUUUCUCUCUCCUAUUUUAAAAAGUGGGGUCACACUUGCAACACGGUACCUCAGGUGUGGCUUCGACAAGGCUGUAUAAUUUCAGUAAGGCAUCUCUACUCUUGUGCUCAAACCCCGCCCCCCCCCCAAGCAACAAAAGCCAGUCUCCACUCGCGCCCUUGCCUCCCACUUCUAACCUCUCCCUCGUCCAUCCCCCUCCCCACACUUGAAUGUCUGCAGCUCUCCGACCUGCAGUACAUUUAAGCAGCGACGUACCCAGAGCCCGGGUGAAACUGUUGCUGGCCUAUUGUGAAGGUGCUUCCCGAACUCAGGAAGGAUGCACCUGCAGUAGGGCAAGGGCAGCAAAAGGUUCACCAGAUUGACUUGUGCUGAGGUGGGGGUUGUCCCUUGAGGAAGGAUGGAACUAUUGGGACCUAUUGUCCGGAAGAGUGAGAGGUGAUUUCAUUGAAAUGUACGGAGUUCUUACGGGGCUUGACAGGGUUUGUACUCUGCUUGGUGUGUCUGGAAUGGGGGAGGUGGGAGAAUGAAGAGAGAUGGUUGGUUUUUCAGGGGACAGUGUGAAACUUUCAAUUACUUUGCUUCGUCUUUGUGUUUUGAAUUCUUUAGUUGUCUGUCUUUUGCACGACUUUUUAAAAAGAAUUAUAGCUAAUUAUAUACUGCACUUUUAAUGGUUUUUAUUUGUCUCUGAUCUGCCAUCUGGAACUACCUGUCCUGAGUGCGGAAGAACUUUCAGAGCCAAGAUUGGACUCAUAAGCCUCUUGAGAGCCCAUAAAUAGAUCAACGAAUGAAGGCCAUCAUCCUUGACCUCAAGGGAUAGCCACCACGACGAUUGUCGGCAAACGAAAAGAAAACCUUUUUAAAGGCAGUGACGGCUUGUGCAGCUGGUCAAGUCCCGCCCCCAGCUUUGCCAGCCGUCAGAGGCUGUCAGAAGUGUUUUGGGGGUGUGGCUUCGGCGCUCUGCCACCUGAGGCCCAGACCCUGUCCAGACCAGGCAGUUGGACUUCGGUACAGAGGGCCAGUGAGAUUGGCUCUCUGCAUCCAGCCUGGGUCAGUGGGGGUAUCGGAUGGACUGCAGGCUGUGAUUCUAGGCAACAGGCCUGGUCCAUCCAUUACAACCCAUCCCACCAAGUCUCCAGCCCAUACUAACUGGUCCCUACCAGUUUAUUCCCUGCGCCCGCCUCUUCACAUUCACCUUAACUGCUCUGAGUGGUGGCAGGUUCCACAUUGUCACCACACUCUGGGUGAGGAUGGUUUAUUUACCCUGUAUCUUACAUUAUAAAUAUACUGUUCCAAAUCAAUCCACUAUUAAUGGGCAGUUUACAACACAUCACUACUCAACUUGAAAUAAUGUACUGGAAAGAAUGGCCCAAAUGUUACCAAUGGAAUGACAGUGAAUUACCAGCAGACCCCAUCACGGCCCUGUGAAACUGACGGCAACUUUGAGCAAUCGAUGCCUGUUCUCCUGCUGUUCACAGUCGAGAUCAGUGAUCAGAACGGGGGGGGAAUCGAGUAUCCAGGUUUGUUGAUCAUACAAAGUUGAGUGGCGUUGUGAGGGGGAUGCAGGGAAGGGAGCCGUCAAGAGUAUAUCGACAGCCCGAGAGAAUGGGCAAGGACAUGGCAGAUGGGAUAUAAUGGGGGAAAAUGUGAGAUAGAUAAAAUAAGGAAGUUUUUUUUUCUUUGAGAAACCAAAAGGUGUUGGUGAUUAGAAGGACUUGUGUGUCCUUGUAUAGAAAUUACUGGGGGCUGCAUGUUAGCACCUGCUCUACUCUCUAUACACACACGACUGUGUGGCUAAGCACAGCUCCAGUGCCAUAUUACAAAUUCGCCGACAUCACCGCUGUUGUUGGACGGAUCAUGGGUGGUGAUGAGUCAGCAAACCAGAGCGAGGUAGGAGACCUGGCUGAGUGGUGUCACAACAACAACCUCUCGCUCAGUGUCAGUAAAACUAAAGAGCUGAUUGUUGACAUCAGAAAGGGGAAGGAGGGUGAACAUCUGCCAGUCUACACUGGGGGAAUCAGAAGUGGAGAGAGUCAGCAGCUUUAAAUUCCUGGGCGUUAGCAUAUCGAUGUCCUGUCCUGGGCCCAGCACUUAGAUGCAAUCGCAAGGAGGUUCAGCUUGUUACCGAACACUCUGACAAACUUCUGCAGAUGUACUGUUGAAAGUAUCCCUGACUGAUUGCAUCACGGUCUGGUACAGCAAUUCGAGUGCGCAGGAAUGUAAGAAGCUGCAGAGAGUAGUGGACUCAACUCAAUACAUCACGGGCACAUCCCUCCCCACCAUCGGGAGUAUCUACAGGAGGUGCUGCCUCAAGAAGGCAACGUCCAUCAUCAAAGAUCCCCACCAUCCGGGCCGUGCCAUCUUCUCGUGGCUACCAUUGGGCAGCCAUUCAGUUCUUGAACCAACCAGCACAGCCCUGAUCACUGAACUUUAGCAACUCUGUGACCACUUCAAUCAAUUUGCACUAAAAUGGACGUUUUUUUUGCUCUAGUUGUGUUCUUUCAUGUAAAAAUUGUGUAUAAUUUGUUUUUCUUGUGGAUGCUGCUGCAAGUAAAUUUUUUCAUUGUACUUGUGCAUACUGUGGUGGAUAUUCACUUUCCAGGCCCCAAAAGGGUUUAUUGCUAACCUCAGCUUUUUAGCACAGCAGCGUGACCUGUCCAAAGGUCAGUAAAGGUGUCCCCAAUGUCGCCCUCCUCCUGAUGACCACCUUCAUCUGUGGCUGCAUCAGGCUGUGCGUGGAACCCAAGUACAUGGGCACCAAGUGUCACUACUUGCCGAGGUUCUACCUGUCCCGGCUGUUGCGAAGGAUGGGCCUGGCCCCGUGGCCACACGGCGUCCCAGUCAGCUGGACGCUGCCACGCUACCUGUCCUUCCUGGAAAAGUUCUUCCGGACCAACUCCUUGGACCAUAAGUCCAUCAGGAAGUGGUCAGCACAGAACAUCCUGCAGACACUGCAGGAGAAGGACUCGAUAGAUACUCUGGGGUGGUUCCCUGAGCAGACUGUCCAGACCAUCUGGCAGAAUGCCUCAUCGCCAGAACUCACCAACAAGCACCAAGACCUCGCUUGGCUGGCGGUGAGAGGGGCCCUCAGUCAGAUCCAUCCUGCAUGGUUGGGGCAUCACCCCCAGCGCGCGCUGCCCCCGGGAGGACUGCACCGGGGACGAGACGGUCGUCCACCUCUUUGCGGGCUGUGGGUUUGCGAGGAGGGUGUGGCGAAAGAUGCAGGGGUCCUUGUCACGUUUCAUCCCCAGCAGCAGCGUAACGGAGGAUUCUCUGAUCUACGGGCUGUUCCCGGGGACACACACAGAGACGGACAUCAACUGCUGCUGGAAGGUCAUCAACUCGGUGAAAGACGCCCUUUGGUCUGCCCGAAAAUUGUUGGUCUCCCAGCACUGUGAGAUGUCCGUAGGGGAAUGCUGCCGACUGACACAUUCCAGGCUGCAGGAGUACGUGCUGAGGGACGCACUGAAGUUGGGCGCAGCCAACGCAAAGGCUCGGUGGGGAAGGACGACAUUUUAGGGUUCUUCUGCCACAGGAGAGGGAGGAGCGGGGUCAGGCGAGGAAGCCGCUCAAAGGUUGUAAAUAUGGGAUUGGGGUAUCACCCCAGGGAGCCACACGAGUGGCAUCGGUGCUGUGUUUUUUAUAUAUAAAAAGGUAACACUAAGAAUUGAACUGUACACGAAUGUAAAGGUUU